AUGUCAAUUGCACUACAAACCACUUCCUCCGACGUCUUCCAUUGCAACGCACUUGACUGGAUCGCCGUCAGGACCCAGCACACCCAUCCAACAUCCCAGGCUAUCAUGUACCACUGCAAGGGAAUCGACGAGCCCUCCGAUGACUUCGAAGAGGGGAGAGUCGGGCACGAGGUUGCCUUACCCUGUCAACUCUCCCCCUUCGUCAAUCAGUUCCGCUAUGAGGCCUUUGUCUACAACCAUCCCGGGGUUACCCUUCCAUUCAUCCUUGGGUAUACUACUGGGUGCUUCAUAUUCUUUCACCUCAUUUUCUUCACUGGCUUCAGCCCAACGCCCGCACCAGCGAAAGGACGAGGAGCACAACAAGGAUUGCCGCCUCCCCCGAAAUCGGCUGCUGGUAAACGACAAACGAGUGUAAGCCCCAUGCCUAGGAAACGGUAUACCGUUGCGCUAGGAGGGCCGAUAACUGCGCCGCCGGAUGAGGACGAGUUUUCUUCAAAUGCUGCUUCUUUGUUCUAUACCACCGCCGCCAAUACCAAUGUGAAUCUCAAUACCCAUACGGAUUCCCCUGCUACUGCUCUUUUAUUGAAAAGGGUAGGCACACCACGAUCCUACUCCCGUGUGAUUGGGGGGUCUUUUUCUGUUUCUCCCGUAGGGGACGAUGAAGAUGACAAGAAGGAGGAGGAAGGAGCAGGUGAAUUCGGAGAAGGUGAAGAGACCAUCGGCAAAUCUAUCGGCAUCAAGCUCAAGAACGCGAAUGGGAGUCUGUCUUCCACCACCUCAAACUCGAUAUCACCUGGUGGACCUGGGGGUGGCGAUUACAAGUCCACCGCCACGACCUCACCAUCGCCAUCCACUCGUCGGAUCAGGGCGCAGAGUGCGUAUGGGUACGCCAGCCUCCUCCCUCCUCAGACUCCAUUACAGACUCCUACCAUGGGAACCACCGCGCCGCUAAAACCGAAGUUGAGGUCCCGCUCUUCUGAGCGGCUUUCCUCUGGUACCAGCUCCAUUGGGACGGGAGACGGGAUGAUAAGUGGUGGUCUUGGAGGAGGGGGUACCAAGUUCGUGGACCCUUUGUUGUUGAGGAGGCACCAGCAAAGUCAAGAGGGGUUACAGGUGAAGAUGCCCAUGCCGAAGCCGGUGGGGAAGGUUCCGAUUGGGCAGUUGGUUGCGUUUUUUGAUGGGGAGAAGGGGGGACAUAGGCCCUCCAAUAUUAUAACAGUGCUGAUGCUUGGAACGCCGGUUUCUUCCGGGUUUCAACCCAAAACGAUCAUUGCAACGGUGUUGACUCCUGCCAAGCCGGUUGAGAUCGAUAACAAACUGUUGGUUCUGAACCACCACCAUCUUGUUCAGAUGCUCGAGUGUGCGACUUGCGGGUCUACAUUCAAUUCCCAGCGUGCCCUCGGGGCUCAUAAAUCGACGUGUCAGAAGCCAAAAGAAAAGGUUAAUUGCCCAAGGGGGUUCAGGGAUCUGAAUGCUGGACCGGGGGUUGGACACUCUAAACAGAUGCCUGUGCAGUGUGGUAUUGCACUCAGGAUGCAAUGGCUUGGUAAAAUGGUUGGAUGUGAGACUCAACAGUACCACCUACAAUGUGUUGCAUUGGAGAUAGCCCCACGAAAUUGGGCAUGUGCCUGA